AGGAAAGGCUAGCAUUUAGCUCUCACAGCCCCACCCAUAAGAAGUCUCUCUGAUGAUAAUUAAAACCUUGAAGGUUGACGACAUAUAAAUGAAUUAUGAGCUAUAAGUGCUUGAAAAAGUACAUCAUAAUAUAGCCGAGACGCUGAGGAUCUAUAGUAUCAAUAACAUGGCGAAGGGACCAGUUGACCCCAGGGAGAUUCUGAAAGGCGUUGAAGCCCUGCUUGGAAAGGAUGGAGAGCUCCGCAGCCUGGAGGGAGUCCCGAAGGUGUUUAGCUUGAUGAAAGCUUCUACUAAGAUGGUCAGUAGGUGUAUGUACCUUAACGUGUUGCUGCAGACAAAAUCUCACGAUGUCCUUAACAGGUUUAUCAGAGUUGGUGGCUACAGGCUGCUCAAUUCCUGGCUUACCUACUCCAAAACCACCAACAACAGCCCUCUGCUUCAGCUCAUCCUGCUCACACUGCAGAAGCUGCCUCUCAAAGUAGACCACCUCAAACAGAACAACACAGCAAAACUUGUGAAGCAGCUGAGCAAAAGUGCAGAAACUGAAGACCUGAGGAAGUUGGCGGCUGUUCUAGUGGAUGGUUGGAUGGCUACAAUUCGCUCCCAGAGCGUCUCAAGCAGUGGCAGUUCCCCUGCUGAUAAAAAAAAGAAGAAAGAAGAGAGCAAGAUGCCAGUGAGGGAUGUGAAAGAAAAGAGUGGAGAUGAGGGGAAGAAGAAGGAGAAAUCCAAAGCUCAUGCACCGAGCCAUACAAAGAUUCGCUCCAUAGGACUGGAGAUGGAGGCUUCCAACCCAACCCCUCUUAAAAAGACACCCUCUGCCCCGCAGCUGGGUGAGAAAUAUAUCAUAAGGCCUCCAUUACUGAAGAGGCCGAGUAGCUCUGGUCCUUCAGAUGCUCCACCUCUUGAGAAAAAAUACAAACCCCUAAAUACUCCCUCAAACUCAACCAAAGAGAUCAAAGUGAAGAUAAUUCCAGCACCACCCAUGGAAGCUACAGGCUUUCUGGAUGCCCUGAACUCAGCCCCAGUACCUGAGAUCAAGAUCAAAAAGAAGAAACCACUUGGUGCUUCUACUCCUGCUAACACCAAAGCCGUCUCACCAACGUCAACCAAGGCGAACCCAUUUGACAGCAAACCAGCUGGGUACUCUCCAUCUUCAGCAAGACUACCAUCUCCAGAAGCUGCUGCUUCCACUACUACUACUGCUGCUGAUGAAAACCAGGAACCAGAGCAGCCUUUGACCCCAGUUCCUGCUGAGGACCCAGAGACCUCUGACAACACUGAGAAACCCAACGCCUUGGCAGAACCACGUGCAGAAGAAGAGAGCCUGACCAAGAAGGGCAAAAAGAAAAAGACUGUUCACUGGGCUGAGGAAGACCAGCUCAAACACUACUUCUAUUUUGAUUUGGAUGAGACUGAGAGAGUCAAUGUCAACAAGAUUAAGGAUUUCGGUGAGGCUGCCAAACGGGAACUUAUGAUGGACAGGCAGACCUUUGAGAUGGCUCGUCGGCUAUCACAUGAUACCAUGGAAGAAAGGGUCCCCUGGACACACCCGAGACCUUUGACUUUGGCUGGCAGCUUGGUCACCCCAGGCACCAACAGCACAGAGAAACACACCCAAAGAGAGCGUGAGAUGGGCAUACUGCAGGAGAUCUUCCUUAGUAAAGAGAGUGUACCUGACAGUCCUCAUGAGCCAGACCCGGAACCAUAUGAACCCAUGCCCCCCUGUCUCAUUCCUCUGGACGAGGACUCCUCUAUGGUGGAUGAUAGUUAUUGUGAGCCUGCAGACUCGGUGUCACAGCAGGCCCAGACUGAAGGCUCCAAGCUGCCCCCUGUCCUGGCCAACCUCAUGGUGAACCUGAGCAGCAACUCUCGCAGCCCACAGGCCUCCAACACUGUCAGCAGCCCUGCAGCUCCAGUUGUGAAUGUACAGGAGCUACUCUCAUCCAUCAUGGGAGCUUCUGGAAGUCAGUCUACUGAAGAACUGAUAAAGCAGCCAGACUUCUCAGAUAAGAUUAAACAACUGUUGGGUUCUCUGCAGCAGACACAGAUCCAAAACCAUAGUGGACCACCUCCAGUGAACCAGGGGCUUCUCAGACACGGUCCAGGCAUGAACAAUAUGACCAACAUGCAUAUGCAGUUGCCCAUGAAUGGCGCAUACCCACCCAACAGCUCACCUGGGGGUCCUCGCUUCAACCACCCCCCACCCCCUCACAACCAUGGGCCACCUUUCAACAAUGCUGGAGGCCCUCGCAUGAUGGGCCCCAGACCAGGACAAGGUAGAGGGGAGAAUGGAAAUUACUGGGGAGAUGACUCAAUGAGAGGAGGGCCUCACAGAGGAGGACAUUUCCACCGAGGAGGCCGGGCUCGCGGAGGAGAGCUUGGUUUCAGAGGCAGAGGGCGUGGAGGACCCAGAGGGGGGCACAACAACAUGAAUGAUAUGUCCAAAAGGCCAGUAUGUCGUCACUUCAUAAUGAAGGGAAGCUGCAGGUAUGAAAGCAACUGCGCUUUCUACCACCCUGGUGUGAAUGGCCCACCACUACCACCAAAUCAUCCUGCUAACCAACACAACCAGCACCCACAGCACGGCCACUAGGUGGCACUGUUGCGUUAUCUCUACAACCAUGGUGGCAGUGGAAGACGCAGGCAGACUGACUGAUGUCUUUGACAUGAAUCACAGAGAUCUGCCUCUGCUGACAGAAGCUGUGACAGACAACAGCAAACAAACUCUGCUAGAUGAUCAGAGAUGGGACUCCAGUGUUUUUGUUUUUCUUUUUUUUUAACUGUGAGACUAAAACGAUCCACCACACCUGACCACUGUGUUUGAGUUGCUGCAGCUAUUUAUGGAAUUGCUGUGUUCUUCAUGCCAUAAAUUUCAUUGACCGAAUUAAUUUAAAAAAUGUUCCCCUGAACAACAAAAUAUCCCUCAUUAUGUGGCUUUGGAAUUGGUGCCAAAUAUGCUGCUAUAGGAUUCCUUCAAUUUCCUACGUUCCUAGUAUAGUUUGUACAGAGGGUCCCAAGGUGUUCACUGAUAAGGGUUUAAGGAACACAGAAUGCAGUCAGGUAGUGCUUAGCUUACCCAGUCCUGAGGAAACAAACCCAUGCAAUCUUUCUGACCCGACAAGGCGGGUCCAGAUUUUUUUUUUUGUCUUUUUUGUUGCAGCCAAUAUGAAACGUUAAUAGAUGCUAAUAAAGCUAGGCAGUAUGUUACAUGGAAAUUCUCUGCAUGCAUGUUGGACUCAGCUGGAUUUGUGGGUGUAAUGUGACAAUCAUGGCAUAACUGGUCAUUAUUGUUGAGUGCUGCCUGUUCUUCUGUGCUCUCAUCUAAACCCAGAAAGGGUUUGUGCUUUCAGUGUUAGAGAUGAUGUAUCCAUCUGUGGGUCACCUAUAACAAGUGUUUUCUGUGAAAACAGUUAUUUUUUUCGUCUCUUGUGGGACUUUGAGAAUGUAUUGUUAAAUGUUGCUCCCUCCUACCUUUUUUUUUUUCUUUUUGAUACAGGCUUGGCCUUUGAACCUCAGUAAAAUGUCUUCAUUUUUUGCCAGUACAAAAUGUUGGUAUGAAUACACAACUCACAUAUAUAUAUACAUUUCUUUUUUGUUAUUCUUUUGCACACAUGAAAUGAAGAAAUGUCUAAUUGUGUGACCAAUGUUUUUUUACAUUAAGCCCCAGAAUCCAGAAAAAAUAGGUGUGCUCCAUUAUUUCUUUGUAUUUAAAAAUAUUAACUGUUAGGAUGAUAAACAUGACACUAGAUGAAUCGGACCUAAUUUACUUUAAAAAUGGUAAAAUGUUUUAUUACUUUGGAUGCCUUAUCUGGGGUAAAUAAAGUAUUCAGAACUGAAAA